GAAAACUUUGAUGGUUUCGUCAGGAAUUCGAGACCUCAACUGGUUACUAAUUUUUUUGACCUUAUCAAAACUGCGUUGAAAAUUUUUUUCCAGGCGCUAACCGAAAUUUGCCCGUCGAACGGUUGAUGCUCGUUCACAAUAGAACCACGCAAAUGCAUUAUUUAUCAGUUUUAAUGAUGUUUUCGUUGAUAUUAUCAUCUUAUUAUUUAAGAUGAUUCACGCAUUGAUUCAAAAUUGAUAUGUAUUGGAAAAAAACAAUUUUGUUUAGUAAACUGUAUACUAUUCCUCUAGCUCUUACAUUCCCAAGUCCAUACUUGCGAAGUGUUUAGAUUGUAUCCGUAGUUGAGGUGUGUAAAUCCCAUGCAAUUAAACAGGAAACUCGCAAUUUCCUUCGUUUGAAAAUCCCGCAGGAGUCUCCCCCUAAACAGGAGUUCGUUAGUUCGAGUUCCCUCGUACAGAUACCGUUCGAAAGCCAAAAUGGCCGGCAUCGAUGCCGGCGUCGGCAUCGAUUUUGUGGGAUAUUGCGCGAGCAGCGCGCGUAAAAUCACAAACUACAGAUUCUCGUCGUUACCAACAACCAACACAUAUCCGCCGACUUGCUUCUUAUACAUAUCAAAUUCGAGCCGACCAAAGGGAAUCCAUGGAAGGAGGACCAGCGGAAAUGUGGAAAUAAUCGAGCGGAAUUGACACGGAACGUCCGCGGGUAUGUUUCGAUGUUUCGGUUUUCCGGUGACUUAGCGGUAUGUUUUGUGAUUCCGGUGGAAAAACUUGACUAAAAUGUUGGGGAAUAGAGGACCUGGGCCUCCGUGGACGUUGUUUCUUUUUGUUUGUGCUUUAUUCGCUAUUGUGCCACUACAAAUCCAUGCUGAAAAAACUAAAAAAUACUCCAUGCAGUCGUUGUGCAAAAGCCACUUCCUGCAGAACCUGUACAGGAAAAUAGACGGCGCGCUGCUUUGGUCGCAAAACGAGAGAAAUUUGGACUGCAUCAUUACAUUUCAAACGCACUCGAUCCUCCAGAGGUUCAUGCUUCGCUUCGAUUUCCUCCAAUUGGACUGCAACGAUCAUUUGUACAUUUACGAUGGCGCCCACGCCGUUGGAACCUACAAAUUCGAUUUGUCCUGCAAGAACACAAAACAAAAUCUUGGGGCCAUGUUUACUCGAACUAACUAUGUUACGCUCAAGUACGUGACUGAUGCUUGGGGCACCGAUUCCAAUGGUUUCAAGCUGGUGAUUACGGCCGUAAAGGACCCCAAACACGCUUGCACUGAAUUUCGAUGCAACUUGCGCGAGUUUUGCAUCGCCACUGAAUUGGUAUGCGACGGAAUCAACCAUUGUGCUGAUGGAUCAGACGAAACGUCCACUAACUUAUGUAAAAACAGCGAGACGGGCACCAUUCUGGGAAUCGAAGUGACGUGGUUCGUGGUGGUCGUCGUCAGCGCCCUGCUGGUCCUGCUGGUCCUCGUCGUCGGCGUGUCCUUCUGCAUUUGCAGGAUGGGCUGGUUGUACACCUCCACCGGUAACGGGACGGUCCAGCAGCAGAACGCCUCGUACUCUCUCCAACAAAUGUACGGUUCGAACGGCGCCAUGAAGCCCAGCUCGGGCAGCAUGACGCAGCUGACCGUGACUGCGACCGGUCCCGGCAGCAUCCACCAGCAGCCGGGAAACUGGCGCCACCCUGCGGGCCCACUCGGGUUCCUCCACAGCACGCCGGCCCGGGCCCGCCUCUACUGCCAGGCAAAGUGAGACUGGCCCCCGCCAAUGGCGGCGGCGCCGAAACGGAUCACGUCUCUCAAAGCCAAAAGGACGAGUGGUUCGUCUAGCAGUCGAGGCGACCGGGUCGUAGCCUGCAGGGUGAGUCGAACGCGGAACCCAUCGUUCGACCAGUAACAUCAGUUUCUUCAUCAUCCAGUUUCCUUCUACCAUCGACAAUUGCACCCUCCUUUUCGACGUGUGAUUGGCCGCUUAAGUGUAAGGACAAUAUUCUUAUUUACCUCUUUAGUUCGAACAGCGCAAUUUUGAGUAUCUUCCUUACAAAUAACGAACGAUGAGAAACUCAUUCGUUGUCUAUUCUUUGCGUUUGAAAUGGUGUUGUUGGGUUGAUUGCUUGAUGUAUAGGUGGAUUCUCACUGUAUAAAUUCGAAUAAAAUUAACAACCCAACAUCGCUGGGCGCUUUUAUUUCCUUCCUUCGAAACUAAUUCUUAUAAAUGGUCUACCUUUAAUUAAACAUAAAUAUAUUUUAAAGACUCAACCGAUUUUUAGGUCUUAGGAUAAAUUGAGACAUUUUGUGAGAGACAAUAUGUACUUUUAUCACUACUAUCUAGUAAUAUUUGAAAUUAUCCUUAUCAAUGUCAACGUGUAGCCUAAAACUUAGCUAAUAAAUGAAACUAGUCGAAUUUUUUUGGUUUUUUCGGCGAGGUCGGCGGGAGUAAAUUUUGUAAAAAUUUGUUCAGUUUCGUUUUUAAUCCGGAUCGCGGUUGAAUAGUCACUCAGCUCUGUACUGCCGAUGUGAAUAUUAAUAUAGCUUAGGUGUUGUAUUAAAGCAUAUGUGAAAUGUUUCAAUUCGAUUAGGGCCCAGUCAAUGGACGUUUUUUUUUAAUAAAAACUUUGCACAUAGUUUUUAAUUGCUGUUUCUAACGGAACGAAUGCUCUUAAUACAACAAACUACGGUGAAUUUGCGUAUCGCUAUUCGAUGAAGUGCUUGGGGAAGUAAAGUAUAAUACGCACAUAGCCCAUUUUUAAAACAAUUUACACUGGUAUGUAUAACUCAUAGGCGAGGAACAGUUUGAUUUGUAUAGCACUAUACAAAAGUCUUAAGGGACUCUAAUGUAUGUAGAUUAAUCAAUUAAUAUACUAAUGUGAAAGCAGUACAAUUAGAUGCAUCUACAGGGUAAAAAAUUGUAGGACAAUUUUAAAAAUAAAACGCGUUUUUAGGGUUGAUUAAUAACUGCAUAUCAUUAUUAGUUGGUACAAUAAAACUAAUUAUCAUCUACCGAUCUAUCAUCCAAUGAACAAAAAAUAAUUCUACUGCAUUCACACUGUAUUGUAAAUGAAGUAAAUAUAUAGAAAAAAAAGUAUAAAUUUUGUUAUUCCCAAGUGUUUUGCAACAAGUUUCAGUGAAGCUCAACAACGUUUAAUAGUUGAGUAUCUUAAAGUAAUUCUCAAGUACUUGUAGGUAAUUUAUCACUGUAAUAAGUGGAUUGAAUAAUACUUAGAUUAAUAAUUACUUAUAAUGAAAGAAAACGCAAUGAAAAGUCACUCGAAUCUCGUAUACAAUACUAAAUUUGCCAAAUAAGUUAAGGUAAGUCAGCAUUUUCAUUCACUGAGAUUUGUUCGAAGCUAAAUUAAUUGAAGAAUACUCUAAAUAAUUUUUACGAUUUUUUACUGUAGUUAUCUCGAAUAUGUUUAUAAUACUUAAUAUCUAUAGGAGUUUUAGACGGAUAUAGAAUGCUUACUAAGGUAACAAUUUAGGAGACAAUGCUUAUUUUGAGAAAAUAAAUCGUUGCUUUAUUAACAACAACAACCAGUGAGCAAAUCCUUUAAAUGCCCAUAUCAGGUAUUUUCGAAGCAAUAAUAUACAUAUCAUUAUUUUUGUAUUGAAUAACAAAAGUUUAUAAAUUUAUUAAAAAAAUUCAAAUUUAAGUAAACAGUGCCAUUAUAUCUAAAAAAAACAUUCAAAAAUCUUACAACCAACAUAAUCAAUGUUUUCAGCGAUUUGCUCACGCGUUGCUAUAUAGGAAAAUUUUUGUGUAAAAUCGUAUAAACUGGAAAUAUUUUAGUGAAAAUAGAAAAUUAUUUUAUGGGCUUAUCACUUGUAUUUAUCACAUAUCAUGUAAAGUAAAUAGUGCGACAUUGAUUAAUUUCGGUUUAAUCGCUAAUUUAAAACAACAAUUAACGUUUACUUCAGAGAUUAAUCAGUAAUCGCAUACAUAGCUUGGUGUUACAGAUUGUCCAAAAGCUAAAUAUUUUUUACAUUACACAGUCAUCUCAUCAGUUUUCGUUCAACAUUCAUAAUUAAUAUUGCUAGGGAAAUCGUACGAAUACACAUAACAAAUCAUUUUUAUACUCGACAAAUUUGAAACGAGAAAUUAGUUGCAUAAUAUUCCUUAUAUUUGUAAACUUUUUUAAUGAAAAAGAAAACGAACAAAAGAAAAAAUUCGUAUUCGGUAUGGAAAUGAUGGGAUAAGCGGGAGAGCUCGAACAAACUGUUGACCAAAACGUUAUAGGAAAAAAUUUACGGUCCCCUCUUAGCAAAAUUAUUUAUUAAAAUGUCCGUGUGUGUUCUAAAUGGAGUACAGAAAUGUUUAUUUAAUAAAAAGAUGAAU